ACUAUAUCAUUAGAGAAUUAGCGACAAAAAGCUACUUAAAAAAAGCAAUAUUUUUUUCUUAUUAAUGUGUAGUUUGUCUAAAUCUAACAUCUUCGUUCUCUUUCUUGAACCACAAAACAAUGAAUGCUCUCAAUAAUCUAACUUUAAUCCUCACAUUUUGCAUCAUCUCAUUUUCUGCCCUCUCACAAACAAUGCCAAAAGCUACUCAUCCUCAAGCCAUCAAAUCUUCCAACUUCAAUCAAACCCAACAAAUAAAUGGAGAUUGUAGGUACAGUGUCACCAUGAAGACAAGUUGUAGUUCUACUUUCUACGUGAGAGGGCAAAUAGAUCUUUUAUUUGGCGACAUCUAUGGCCGUCAGGUAUAUGUUCCACGAUUGGAUGGUCCUUUGGAUUGCUCUCUGAAUGAAUAUGAGGUAUAUGGACCAUGCAUCUCACUAAUUUGUCAUUUGAACCUACACAUCACUGGAGACACUGAUUUGAUUCUGGAGACAGUGAGCAUAUAUGACUACCUCCAUGAUCCUGUUACAUUUUACUUCGACACAUAUAUUGAUGAUGGUGGUCCCUAUGAUUUUAACUAUUGUCAUGAUUAUUAGUACAACGUUAUCAAAUACUAUUGUAUUAAUUGUGAGAAGAGGUGAGUACAACUUUUGGAGAUUAGGAUACCCUAGUUUAAAAAUUUACUAAAUAAAAUAGACAAAUGUUUUUUAA